AGAUAUUUUCUUUUGGGAGGUUCAGUGUAGAUUCACAUUAAAAGGGGAAACAGAAGGAACAUUUUUACUUGCCUAAGGCAUUGAGUAAUGUUCUGCACCAUAAAUCAGCUUUAUGGGACUAGUUAUUUGUCAGAGUCUAUCCUUAAACCUCACUGUGUGGUUGUGUGUAUGAAUGAAUGUAUGCUCACCAAAGCUAUUCUUCAUUGAAAAAAAAAGUUUACUGGAUUUUGCUUCGAUAUCCCUUUAAGAGUAUUGAGGAAAUGAGAAAAACAAUUUUUUUGCUGCUAUUUCAAAAUAAAAUUUUGACAAGCUCAGCUUUAAAACUGUUUGCUUUUGCAGAUGUAUUUCAUCACCCUUAAGAAUGAAGCCAGGAAUGUUUGCUGGCCUCUAGAUUCACCUAUAGUGCCUAGAUCUACACAUGACACUCCACCACUCCUCCUCAGAAGGAACCUGCUAGCAAAACUUCCUGACAAACAUCUGCUAAGAACAUUUCUCAUCUCACUGGCAUGGUCUUUUGUAGAAUUUUCAGAGCUUUUGAAUAAGGAAUACCAGAAUGGCACUUUCUGUCAAACCUCACAACCUGAAUUCAAGCCCCAGGACCCACAUGGAAGGCCUGGCUAAGCAAGGUUGGCAGUCCUAGUUCUCGAAUCGACCGGACAGACUUUUCUAAUGAAAAAACCAUCUCUAAACUGGAAUACUCUGAUUUUAGUAUUCGAUACUAAUGGAAGAAAAGUAACAAUUGUAAUGCUUAUAUUGCAGAAAAUAAAACAUUCUUAAGUUUA